AUGGAUCUGUCCCACCAGUUCUCCAAGAGAGAGCUGGCCCUGCUCUAUGAGGAGGUUCUCUACACCAUCCAGCACCGCUUGGGCAAGCCUGAGCACCACCAUGUCAUGGAUUCCCAGGAGCUCUAUGCCUAUGUGCAAAAGGCUUUCGGCAUGGAUGCAGAGGAGCACAGUGUCAUCAUGCAGCAGGUCAAGGAACUGGAGAGCCCAGUUUUCUGCCUGAAAGCAACUGUGAAGGAAGCAAAGGGAAUUUUGGGUAAAGACGUCAGUGGAUUCAGUGACCCGUACUGCCUGCUGGGCAUCAAGACCAAGAGCCAGGAACUGGCCAACCCUGACCACAAGAAGCGGAUGAAGGCUGUGGUCAAAGACCUCAUCCCUGAAGACCAGAUCCAUCGCACACAAGUUAUAAGCCAGACUCUCAGCCCGGUGUGGGAUGAGACAUUUAUCCUGGAGUUUGAAGACACAGAGACAGCCAGCUUCCACCUGGACAUGUGGGACUCAGACGUGGUGGAGUCAGUGCGGCACAAACUGGGGGAGCUGACAGACCUCCAUGGCCUCAAACGGAUCUUUAAAGACGCUCGCAAAGACAAAGGGCAGGACGAUUUCCUGGGGAAUGUGGUCCUUCACCUAAAGGACCUGCACUGCUGGAAUGACCAGUGGUACCAUCUGGAGCCACGGACAGAGACCUACCCAAACCGGGGGCAGUGCUGGUUAUGGUUAUUGCUUCUAUGCCUUGUGUUUUUUCAGAGGGCCACCACAAGCAGUCGGACACAGCCAAGCUACACUGUCCAUCACCACCUUCUGCAGCAGCUGGUGUCCUAUGAGAUCCUUCAGCACCAGACCAGCAGCAUUUCCUGGGACGGGGAGCUGAGCAGGCAUGCCAGCACUGUGCUGUACCUGCAUGCCACGCAGAAGGAUCUCUCUGACUUCCACCAGGUCAUAGCGUGGUGGCUGGUGUACAGCAAGCUCUACCAGACCCUCGAGUUCAACAGCAACUGCCUGCUACAUCAGAUCACCAGCAUUGAGUACCAGUGGGUGCAGGAGCGCCUGAGGCCAGAGCAGAAAGCAGAGCUGGCCGAGUCUUUCCAGUCCUUGCUGACUUAUGGGGUCUCCCUUGUUCGGAGGUUCCGCAUCAUUUUCCCACUCUCUGUCCCAAGGUCCACGGAGAGGCUCCAGUCCCUGCUCCGAGUCCUGGUCCAGAUGUGCAAAAUGAAAGCUUUCCAUGAGCUGUGCACACUCAGCCCCAACCUCCCCAACAUGGUCUCCACAGCACUGAAGUCAGGCACAACAGAAUGGUUUCAUAUGAAGAAGCAGCACCUCAAGCCCAUGGUGAAGAGCAUGGAGGAGAAUGGCAAAGCCUUGUCCAAACUCCUCCUGGAGGUAUUAGGAGAUCUCCAACAGUGCCAGAAAAUCUGGAAUAGAUUUUUCAUCAGCACCUUGAAGUUGAAUCUCUUCUCCAUUGCCUACCUGGAGCUGGAGAGGCUGGUCGCGGAGCAUGUCCAGGAACAGCUACGCGAGGUCAACAGCAGCAUGUCCAAACCCACAGCUGAGAGCCUUUUCCAGCUCUACAUGAACCUCCAGGAGCUCUAUCGGAUGAAGGACUUCCUCCCAGACAGGGAUGGACCUCUGGCUCUGAACAAUUUCCACCAGUGGUUCAAGGAAGGUGUGCCCCAGUGGCUGCAGAAGGCCUACACCAUCGCACUGGAGAGGGUACAGAGAGCUGUCCAAAUGGACCAGCUGACACCCUUCGGGGAGCACAACAAGCACAGCACUUCCACUGUUGACCUGUCCACCUGCUAUGCCCAGAUUGUGCAGACCUGGCAGCAGCUCAACUGGCCGGACCCUGAGGAAGCCUUCAUGAUCAUGGUGAAGCUUGUGGAGGACAUGUGUAGAAUUGCCCUGAUGUACUGCCGGCUCAUCAAGGGGAGGGCUGAGGCUCUGUCGCUGAGCAAGCAGAAUGAAGGCGAAGCGGCCAACAGGCUCUGUAUCGUGGUGAACAACAUCAAGCAGCUGCGCCUGCUGAUCCUGAAGCUGCCAUCACAGCUGGACUGGGUGCAGCUGGAGCAGCACACAGGACCUGUCAUUGACCAGCAGCAGAUCCAGCACACGCUGCACAACCAGCUUGACAGCACCAUCUCCUGCCUGGACCAUGAGGUCCAGGAGGUGGUACAAGCCCUGGCCACCAAGCUGGAAAAGGGCAUUGCCAGACACAUCCAGGAGCUCUCAUCUUCUAAUGACACCCAGGAGCCUGAGGAUUCCAUCAUCCCCCUCAUGAAGUUCCUGGAGUCGGAGCUGCAGUAUCUCAAUGAGCAUCUGGUCCACGAAAACUUCAAAAGCCUCCUCACUCUCCUCUGGCAUCACACCUUGGCCGUGCUGUCAGCAGCCACGGGGCAGCAGGUCCCCUCAGUCCAGUGCUACAGGAAGCUGCACUGUGCCCUGAAGAGCCUGGAACUGUGCUUCCAUGCCGAGGGCUGUGGGCUGCCGCUGGAGAUGCUCCACACAGCAGUCUUCCAGUCUCUGGAGACCCGCCUGGACCUCUGCUCUGCCACCAGCCGUAAACUCAUCCAGAAAUACUUCAGCAACAGGAUCCAGCAGCAGCUGGACACCAGCUCGGAGAAGUACGGGGCCGUGACCAUCAAAGCACUGUACUGCCCUUCAGAGCAGAAACUCCGUGUGGAAGUGCUCAAUGCUGUCAACCUCAUCCCUAUGGACUCUAACGGCUCCAGUGACCCCUUCGUCCAGCUCACCCUGGAGCCCCGGCAUGUGUUCCCCGAAGUAGUGGCCCGGACUACCCAGUGCAAGAGGAAUGAGCUGCACCCCCUCUUUGAUGAAGCCUUUGACUUCUUGAUCCCCGCCGAGAAGUGCCGGCGGGAGGGUGCCUGCCUGCUCCUGACUGUGUUUGACUAUGACACGCUGGGGGCCAAUGACCUGGAGGGGGAAGCCUUCUUCCCCCUUUGCCACCUGCCUGGCCUCAACACCAAUGAGGACCCGGUUGAUACAGGACGAGUGCCCCAGACUCGCCUCCCCCUCACCCACCCCAAACCCACUGUUGAGAUUCUCCAGCUACUGGAGUCCAGGAAGGGGGACAAAGAAGCUCAGGCCUUCGUUAAGCUCCGCAAGCAACGAGCCAAGCAGUCCAAGGAGACAAAGUGA